UCACAGGUCAGAGCUCCAGAUUAUGGUGGUUAUUCGGCUUCGUCCAUUUCUGUUUAGCGUCUGAUGCCAGACCGCAAAUGUUUCAAGUGUAAUGAUACGAGGCAUUUCAAGAGAAAUUGUCCCAGACUUAGGCAAGGUGGCCAGGGUACUCAAUUUCAGGCUCCCAGAGCUCCAGCACCAACUAGAGAGGAAGGAUCUUAUGAGGGUAACCACACUCAGUCUGGGAGUGGCGGUCACACGGCCGGUAGAGGUGGCACCCAGCCUAACAAAGGCGGGUUUCAGUCUGGUAGAGGCGGACAUCAUCCCAACAAGGUUGGAGCUCAGACAGGGCAAGUUAAUCACAGUGGUUCGCAGGCUACUGGCGGACGAUUCAUUGUUAUGCCUUUCCUGGCAAAACAGAGGCUGAGGGCUCAGAUGCAGCCAUUACAGAUUGUGAUCCAGAGACGUCUACUCGACCUCAUAUUUAGCGUGAGGUCGGAAUUCGACAGAUUUGAGGGUGAGCUCCUAUCCAUGCCAGGCCGCCUGAAGAUCUUUCUUAUUUUGGAUGUCUAUUUCAUUUCAGACAUUUAUGAUUAUUUCAAAUAGUUUUUCAUUCUUUAGACAAUUAUGUCUUAAAGUCCUUGUAUGAUGACUUUCGAAUUUUGGGUUGUAAUAGUUAGGAUUUUCGCGCCUUUAUUUAUUUAUGACAUGACUAG